AUGGCCGACGCCGACGAGGAUGCCAUCCCCCGAACCUCCACCACCGACGCGGACGACCUCGAGGACGAGACCCAAGAUUUCCGCUUCCUCACCCAAAUAACGGCCGUUACGCGCACGGGACAAACCACAAUCCCCAAACGCGGCACCAAGGACUUUGAACCGAACCCGACGCGCUCGCAGUCCUCGGCCCUCGAUGCAUCCCGCCUGGCCAUGCACACUGCGCUCAGCUCAGUGCGGAUACAUGCGGGCAAACCCCAUGUCGUGGGCCAAUAUUUGCCCAACGAGGCGGACUGGAGGUGGGACGAAGAUGCCACCGGCACAGGCGCGAGACAAGGACGAUGCGUCGUGGUGCCAAAGUUCAAGAGCACGCAUUCGAAGGUCAUGGGCGUGGGGGACCGGAAUAAUUGGACUUGGUUCCUGCCUGAGGAGGCUCUCUGGCUGCUGGAGAGGGGGAAUCUUGAUAUCCGGUGGCCGGAGCCGGACGCUGAGGGAGAAGACGUCCCGGAGGAAGAUCAAGGCAGGGAGGACGAGAAUGGGAAGGAUGUCAAUCUCACUCACAAUGGCCGCGAGCCACAGCUACCCCAAGAUGGGGAGCAGCCUGGGCCCAAAGUAGGCGACUUGCCUAUGAGUGUCCAAGGCGCGUACGCCAGUCUCAUCGGCACGGGCGGGUUGACGCUGGAACGAUAUACAGUCUACGCGGGGCUGAAGAGAGCAGGGUAUAUCGUCCAUCGAGCGCCAACUUGGCAUGACGCCGAUGCUGCUCAGCCUAAUGGUCACAAUUACGAAUCGACAUCUUCGUUACACACGCCGUCACCAUCGACGACAUCAUCGCGAUCGCAGUCACAAUCUAGCCUUUCUCGACCUUACUCGGCAGUGGCAAACAUCGCAUCCCUCAUCCACCGAUUAGUCUCGUACCUCUUGCGUCCUUCCCCUCAGCGCAGUGAAUCGUGCUCCUCGCUCGGCCCACUCGUCGCGCCGGGCCUCUACAGGAACUACGCCGACAUUUUCCGCGCACUGGCGCUAAUACCAUAUCAUGACGGAUCCGGAUCCGGAUCAUCUUCGUCUUCGCACAGCACCCGCGGCGGUCCCGCGAAUGAAACACAAUCACAACCACCUCAACCACCUCAGCCACAACCACCAUACCGCAUCCACUUCCACGUCUGGAAACCCGCCGCCUCAGGCACGUUUAAAAAGACGUCGCCCCCGGAACCGGACUAUCGCAUCUGCGUGAUCGACGCGCGCACAACUUCUGCGAUCCCGAGUCUUGAGGAGAUUGGCCGCCUGCUCGAUUCUCAGCCCGACGACUUUUUGAGCAGAGACAAGGCAUCCAAGUUGGAGACGCGGGUCAAGUAUGGCAAGCGGAACGUGCUCCUUGCGGUCGUGGACACGGGGGUGGUGAGUUAUCUAAGGUUGAGUGAUGCGUGCUUUGGAGGCGAGAAGUUGUUUGAGGAGAAGGUCAGGGCGGGAAUCAAAGGGGCGAGGCGACCGCGAGGCACAGGGCAGGGCCGUCGACCGGGGCAGACGAGGCAGAGUUUGAUGCAGUGA